CGUUUAUGCGACGCUCUUCGCAAACUCACAACAUCUCUUUUAAGAAGAGCUUGAAUUAAUGUCAGUUGGCAUUGCUAAAAAAAAUAUAAGUCCUUAACUGGAUAUAAUCUCAACUAGCCUUGGCCCACCACCCUCGCUCUGCCCCCCGAGUACCCCGACCCAGCACACCGCAGCCUUCAGCCCGAAAUCGCCAUUGCCACUGCCCCGAGGCAACCCAAUUGGCUGCAAUAUGUGCGAGCGCGAGUGCGAGUGGAGGUGGAAGUGUGCAACUACUGAGGGUCGCAGGAGCACCAGCAGCAGCAGCCAGGAAGCGGAUCACUAGCGGCCCCAGGAACAGGGAGCAGCAGGAGCGGCAGCUGCAACAAGUCACUGCACGCAACAAGUUAUCACAAUACGCACAUCACAGAACCACAACCAGAAUCACUUUAAUCAUACUGAGCAUCAGAAACCAAACAGUUCCCCGAGCAGCCACUGCAUCAUAUAAUCGAGAGGGCGCGAUGAGCCCGUUUGGCUCCAAGAAGAACCGCUCGCUGUCGGUACGGGUGAGCACCUUCGACUCGGAGCUGGAGUUCAAGCUGGAGCCGCGAGCCUCCGGCCAGGAUCUGUUUGACCUGGUCUGCCGCACCAUUGGCUUGCGCGAGUCCUGGUACUUCGGCCUGCAGUAUGUGGACACGCGCAGCAACGUCUCGUGGCUGAAGAUGGACAAGCGUGUUCGCGACCAGCGGGUGGAGCUGCAUGCCAACAACAAUGUGUAUGUGUUUAGCUUCUACGCAAAGUUCUUUCCGGAGAAUGUCAGCGAGGAGCUGAUCCAGGAGAUCACGCAGCACCUGUUCUUCCUACAAGUAAAACAGAGCAUCCUUUCGAUGGACAUAUACUGCCGUCCGGAGGCGUCCGUGCUGCUGGCCUCGUACGCGGUGCAUGUGCAGUACGGACCGUACGACUACGAGAGCUACAAGGACGGCAUGCUGGCCGGCGGCGAGCUUCUGCCCAAGGGCGUGACAGAUCAAUACCAGAUGACGCCCGAGAUGUGGGAGGUGCGCAUAAAGACCUGGUACAUGGACCACGAGCCCAUGACGCGCGAUGAGGUGGAGUUGGAGUACCUGAAGAUUGCCCAGGACCUGGACAUGUACGGCGUCAACUACUUUCCUAUUACAAAUAAGAACAAAACCAAAUUGUGGCUGGGCGUCACCGCCGUGGGCCUGAACAUCUACGACGAACGCGACAAGCUAACGCCAAAGACGACGUUCCAGUGGAACGAGAUACGGCACGUGAGCUUCGAUGACAAGAAGUUUACUAUUCGCCUGGUGGACGCCAAGGUAUCGAACUUUAUCUUCUACUCCCAGGACCUGCACAUUAACAAGAUGAUACUGGACCUGUGCAAGGGCAACCACGAUCUGUAUAUGCGGCGCCGCAAGCCCGACACCAUGGAAAUCCAGCAGAUGAAGGCCCAGGCCAAGGAGGAGAAGCAGCGACGCCAGAUCGAGCGAAAGAAGUUCAUGAGAGAGAAGAAACUGCGCGAGAAGGCGGAGCACGAGCGCUACGAGCUGGAGAAGAGCCUGGAGCACCUGCAGAACGAGAUGCGCAUUGCCAGCGACGCGCUGCGCCGCUCUGAGGAGACCAAGGAGCUGUACUUCGAGAAGAGCCGGGUCAACGAGGAGCAGAUGCAGCUGACCGAAUGUAAGGCCAACCACUUCAAGACAGAGAUGGACCGCCUGCGCGAGCGCCAGAUGAAGAUCGAGCGUGAGAAGCAUGACCUGGAGAAGAAGAUCCGAGACGCCGACUUCUAUGUUCACCAGCUGACGGUGGAGAACGACAAGCGGGAGGCCGAGACGGAGAAACUACGCAAGGAGCUCAUCUGCGCCAAAAUGGCCGAGCGCGAGGCAACCGCCCGCCUCCUCAACUUCCUCAACAGCGGUCGAAAGUCCUCCACAGACAGUUUGCUUACCGCCUCCAGUGUUUCGCACGCGGCCAACACGGCGUCCAGCAUGGCGGCAAUCAGCACUCCGUCGCUGACCACCAGCAGCUCCACCAAUGACAUGGAAACCGCCGGCGGUGCCGAGCUGACCACCACCCACUCAUCGCACUACCUUGCCCAGGGCGACAACUCGAGCGGCAUCUCCGACGACUUCGAGCCCAAGGAGUUCAUUCUCACCGACAACGAAAUGGAGCAGAUCACCAACGAGAUGGAGCGCAACCAUCUCGAGUAUUUGCGCAAGUCAAAGAAGCAGGUUCAGAACCAGCUGCAGACGCUCCGCUCCGAGAUCGCACCGCACAAGAUCGAGGAGAACCAGAGCAACCUGGACAUACUCAGCGAGGCCCAGAUCAAGGCCGGCGAAAACAAGUACUCCACGCUCAAGAAACUCAAGUCCGGCUCCACCAAAGCGCGGGUCGCCUUCUUCGAGGAGCUCUGAUUGACUCCCGGCCAUGACUGCAUCCUCAUCUCUAGCUGUACGUCGUUGUGUGUCCUGUUCGUUCCUAUGCGCGUGCGAGUGCGAGAUUGUGUGUGUGUGCGAGUGCCUUACCCUAGGAUGUACUAUAUACCGUAUAUAUUGUACAAUAAUAUAUGUCGUACUAAAUGUGUUUCGAUUGUAUACUCAAGCCACGGCUGCUGUAAUAAAGAAACCUCCGGCCAGGGAAAUUAGUCCUGUGUUGGCAGGCCCAAAGAUA